AUGGGGGUUUUCCGAGCUUUUCCUUUCCGUGCUUCUCUCGUGUUCUUGCUGCUCAUCCGUGUUCUUGACAUCUCUGUCUCAGUUGUACCUGGAAAUGAGACAGACAGAUUGGCUUUGCUUUCCAUCAAGACUCACAUUACUGAGGAUCCUUAUAGGAUCACAAGCUCAUGGAAUGACUCUGUCUACUUUUGCCGGUGGCAAGGCGUUUCAUGCGGUCACAAGCACCAAAGAGUCACCCAGUUGAAUUUGAGGUCAUUGAGUUUGAAAGGUUCCCUGUCUCCUUAUAUUGGGAACCUUUCGUUUCUUAGAGUAAUUGAUCUCUCAAAUAAUAGUUUCAAUGGAGAACUGCCAAAUGAGAUCGGCCGCUUGUUCAGGCUGCAAGAGUUCGUUUUGGAGCGUAAUCUGGUCGGAGGGCACAUACCGAUCGGUUUGUCAAACUGUUCACGUUUGAGAAUCCUCAACCUCGGUUUCAAUGAGUUCAUUGGAGAUAUUCCUUUUGAGCUUGGCUUUUUGCCAAAGUUGGUACGACUAAAACUUCUUGCAAACAAAUUGAAGGGAAGUAUUCCCCAUCAUCUAGGGAAUAUCUCAUCUCUUCAACAACUUAAUGUGUCAGCCAAUAAGUUGGAAGGAAACAUUCCAGGGUCACUAGGCAACUUGAAGAGCUUAAUUUCUCUUAGCCUUAGUUACAACAAGCUAUCAGGUAUGGUCCCUCCAUCUAUUUAUAAUCUUUCGAACCUUGAAGCCUUAGUUAUUGCUGAGAAUCACCUUCAAGGUAGUUUUCCUCAUGACGUAGGCCUUAGUCUCCCAAAUAUCGAAAUAUUUCGUGUAUGGGGAAACCAACUUAGUGGAUCCAUUCCGGUUUCUUUAUCAAAUUUUUCAAAGCUUCUGGAAUUGGACAUCUCGGAGAACAACUUCUCCGGAGGGCUUCCUGCUAUUUUUGGUAACAUGAAGAACCUUAUGUGGGUAGAUAUUAGUGGUACUAAUCUUGGAUCUGGAAAAGUCAAUGACCUAGACUUUCUAACUUCAUUUACCAACUGUAGCAAUCUCAUAUUGCUUGAGCUUCAAAAUAAUAACUUUGGCGGGUCAUUGCCCAACUCUAUUGGAAACUUCUCAGCUCAACUAGAAAUUCUAUCACUAGAAGCGAAUCGAAUUUCAGGAAACAUUCCACCUAGUGUUGGAAAUCUAAUGAGCUUAAACGCUUUGAUUCUAAAUAUAAACCAGCUCACAGGAACCAUCCCCACAACUAUUGGUAAACUUCAUAAUUUAGUAAAAUUGUAUUUGGGUAGCAACCAGUUAUUUGGGGAAAUCCCAUCCUCCUUUGGAAAUCUCACAUUAUUGAACGAGCUUAGAUUAGAAGAAAACUAUCUGCAUGGCAGAAUCCCUUCAAGCAUCAGAAACUGUCAACACUUGCAGUUGCUACAUCUCUAUUCUAACUCCCUAAGUGGUACUAUUCCUCCAGAAGUAAUUGGGUUACCAUCUUUGUCGUUGUCCGUAGACCUCUCAGGAAAUCGUCUGAGUGGCCCUUUACCAUCUGAAAUUGGUAACUUGAAAUUUCUUCAAGAAUUGCUUGUUUUUUAUAAUCAGUUGACUGGUGACAUUCCUAGCAGGAUUGGUGAGUGUGAAAGUUUGAGAUGGGUUUAUAUGGAUCACAAUAAUUUUAGCGGAAGCAUUGAAUCGUUGCAUUCAUUGAAAGGUAUUGAACAUAUGGAUCUUUCACACAACAAUCUUUCUGGGCACAUCCCGAAAGAAUUUGCGGAGUUUGUCUUCUUGGUGAAGUUAGAUCUUUCGUUCAAUGAUCUCGAGGGUGAAGUACCUAGUGGAAGAAUUUUUAGUAAUGUUAGUGGAGAUAUUUCACUUGCCGGUAACAAUAAGCUUUGUGGGGGGAUGGCUAAAUUUCAUUUAGUUCCUUGUUCUAGGAAAUCUCCGAGGAAGCAUCACUUCUCUUUUACAAGAAAGCUGAUAAUCUCCAUUGUUUGUGGCCUAGUCGGAGUACUUUUGACGUCAUAUUUUCUCGUCCUUUGUUGCAUGAGGAAGAAUAAAAAGCAAGCUUCAAAAACUUUGUCGCGAGAUUUUCCAUUCUUGAAUAUUUCUUAUGGAGAGCUUCAGAAAGCAACUAAUGGGUUUUGUCCAGAGAAUCUAAUUGGUGUUGGUGGCUUUGGCUCAGUGUAUAAAGGAGUGCUUGAACCUCAUCAACUAUCCAUAGCAGUGAAGGUCUUCAACCUUCAAAGAAGAGGAGCUUCCAAAAGUUUCAAGGCUGAAUGCGAAACUCUAAGGAAUAUUAGACACCGGAAUCUAGUGAAAAUCAUUACUGCUUGUUCAAGUAUUGAUUUCCAAGGUAACGAUUUCAAUGCCCUCGUCUACGAAUUCAUGCCAAAUGGAAGUUUGGAAGAUUGGUUGCAUCCAUAUCCACAAACAUUGGAGGAACAGAGGAAAAGUUUGAGUUUAUCUCAGCGGUUGAAUAUAGUCACUGAUGUGGCAUCGGCAUUGGAUUAUCUUCAUAACGACAAUGAACUUCCAAUCAUACAUUGUGAUCUAAAGCCAAGAAACAUUCUUCUUGACCAAGACAUGACUGCUCAUGUGGGAGACUUUGGUCUGUCAAGGAUUAUUGCAAAUGACAAUGUUCAAACAUCUCAGAAUCACAUAAGCAGCUCUGUUGGAGUAAGAGGAACAAUCGGAUAUGUAGCUCCAGAAUAUGGCAUGGGAAGCAAGGUGUCGACUGAAGGAGAUGUGUAUAGCUUUGGAAUCCUCUUGUUGGAAAUCUUGACGGCAAAAAAUCCCACCAAUGAAAGUCUUGAAGGACUUAGCCUUCAUGAAUUUGUCAAAAUGGCUUUUCCAAAACGGAUGAUGGAGAUAGUCGAUCAAAGUCUCUUAACAGGAGGAGAAGAAGAAGCAUCUUGUAGCCGCACAAAGGCGCUAACAAGAAGUGGCAAGGCACAAGAGUGCUUAAUUUCCAUUUUCACAAUUGGUUUGAAGUGCUCAGAGGAAUUACCAAGAAAUAGGAUGAAGAUUAAUGAUGCCUUCAAGGACUUACAAAAAGUUAAAGACAGCUUCUCAAAGAUGUGAGGAUCGAUAACGGACCCUAAUGUUUUUAAAUGCAUACAACUGGUAUAUGGUGUAAUUUCUUCUUUCUGGUUACCUAUAAGACCAACUAUCAAAAUAGUAUGACUAGCUUUUCAGAGGCAAAAAAAAAAAAAAAAAACGGGGGUAUGACUAGCUUAUGUGUAAUAUAUAUGUUUUUGCAGUUGAAACCAAAAGUAUGACUAGCUUAUGUGUAAUAUAUAUGUUUUUGCAGUUGAAACCAUAAGUAUGACUAGCUUAUGGUGUAAUAUAUGUUUUUGCAGUUGAAACCAUGCAAUGGUGGUGGUUUGAAAAUCUUUGCAUGUACCAAUAAUAAAUUG